AUGACUGGGGAUGGAGCGUACACACCGCCGGGCCGCCGUCCUGGCAAAGGUGUUGACGGCGACAACAAGCUGGUGGUGCAGCAAGUGAAGGAGGCGGGGGUGACACUCCGUUACCCCAUACUUUCUGAGAACAAAUACAGCGUGUGGGCUGUGAAAAUGAAGAUCUUCAUGCGCACCCAAGGUGUGUGGGCUGUUGUGGUGAACAAGGGAGGCGUUGAUGAGAAGAUGGACCAAAUGGCUCUUGCCGCCAUUGUCCAAGCUAUUCAGGAGGCUGUGGUGAUGAGUAUCUCCGAGCACGAGACGCCCAAGGAGAUGUGGGAUGCUCUCAAGGAGAUGAACAUGGGUGAACAGCGUGUCAAGAAGGUCCGAGUACGGACCCUCAAGAGGGUGCUUGAUGGUAUAUACAUGGGUGAUUCUGAGAAAAUUAAUAACUUUGCUUUGAAGGUUACCACGAUCGUGAAUGAGAUUCGCUCUCUCGGCACGAAAGUGGAGGAGACCACUGUCGUCGAAAAGCUCCUGUAUUCGGUCGCCAACAAGUUCCAACCUCUCAUCAGCACCAUCGAGCAAUGGGAGGAUGUGACUGUGGUGUCGGUGACGGAGACGAUCGGGCGCUUGAGGGCGUUCGAGGAGUCUUCAAAGGGGCGGCGUCGUGAUAGGGAGGGGGAGCAGCAGCUGUUGGCCGCGUGUGCCGAGCCACGGUUGACACGUGCUGAGUGGGAGGCCUUAGUUGCUGAAGAGAAGCUACGUGGUGAAGGCUCCAGCAGUAGCGACAAGAAGAAGUACCGCGGCAAGUUCGACAAGUCGAAGAUCGACUGCCACAACCGUGCUGAGUUCGGGCACUUCGCCGAUGAGUGUCCUACUGCAGUGAAGAAAGUGAUGAAGGGUGUGGCACAACUCACCAUGGCGGACGCCGACGACGAACCCACGCUGCUUUGA